AUGGCACCCAAGCGUCAGUUCAGACCAUCUACUCCUCCGCCAAAGAAGAAAGCCAAGAAAGGUGGUCAGCAACAGACGUCAAUAGCCAACUUCUUCACCUCACCUUCAAAGCCGAAACAAGUCGCAACGAACUGGCAUCAGCGUAAUGAUACGAUCAUCAGUAUAGAUGAUUCCGACGAUGACUUGCCUACUGCAGUGAAGAUCCAAGAGGGCGAUGAUAAGCUGGCCAGGAAGUUGGCGGCUGAAUGGGACGAGGAGGAUGAAAAGAAGGUUGAUAAAGGAAAAGCAAAGGCUAGUCCUACCAUAGAAGAUGACGAAGAAGAGGAUGAGGUAGUACCAGUGGAUGCACCUUAUUCUGAAGCUACAGGCGUCAAUGGGUCUUGCUCAAGUACACACCGGCUUUCUCCCAUGAGGAAUGGCAAGUCUGAGAACAAGACAGAGGAAAGCAAAGAUUCGAAACCUAUCGCAUCUAUAUUCGCCCCUCGACAAUCCAAACCACCUCUCCGAACACCUUCACCACCUGGAAUAGAACCUGACAUAAAGCCAAUUCUGGACUCACCAAGUAAAGUAGCAACUAUCACUUCCAUCUCCGCUGAACCUGUCGAUCCAAUCGAUUUCGAUACCGACGCGUUCCUGUUCAAACCUUCAGAAUUUGAUAUUUCGAAAUGGCCAAAGGGUAGAUUACCUUAUAGUAUACUUGUGGGAGUUUACGUACAAGUAUCAAGUACUCGAUCAAGAUUACUUAUAGUGAGAGUAUUGACCAAUUUCCUUCAUCUGUUACUUAAAGUAUCGCCUAUCGACCUGCCGCCAUCUUUAUACCUCCUCUCCAACCACCUCUUACCAAACUACAUACCUUGCGAGUUAGGUGUCGGAUCGCAGAUACUCAACAAGGCAGUGAUGUCGGUAUCGGGCCUACAACCUCGUGAUCUCAAGAAAUUAUGGGAUAAAUGGGGUGAUCCAGGAGAUGUGGCGUUCGAAGCUAAGAAUAACCUUCGUACACUCGUUAAACCUUCACCAUUACUUGUUGGGGAUGUAUAUACUAGACUUUUGGGACUAUCCAGAGUGAAGGGCAGUCAGAGUGGGAGGAUCAAAGGAGAUGUAGUCAGGAAAUUGAUGGUACAGGCUAGAGGAGAAGAAGUCAGGUUUCUGGUCAGGAGUAUGGUAGGAAAUCUGAGAAUCGGAGCAGUGCGAUUGACCCUCCUUACAGCGCUGGCAAGAGCCACCGCCCUCCUCCAUAUGCCAACAGAACUCAUCGACUCGGUCAGACCACUACCUCCGCCUCCUCAAAAGCUCGAAAAGGGCCAGAAGCGAGUUGCAAGACCCAAGGUCGAACCCGAUCCAGCAAGGGAGGAAGUGGAAGAAAGAUGCGUUGAAGCUACCAAGAUUGUCAGGAAGGUCUACGUUCGUCAUCCAAAUUAUGGUGAUUUGGUGGUCGGACUAGACCAUGGUGGUUUGAUAGAUCUGGAAGACAGGGUAGGGGUAAAUGUUGGUAUUCCCCUAUCACCCAUGUUGGGCUCGAUUACCCGAUCACUCAACGAAGUGUUCACUCGUCUGGGUACAUUGCCAUUCACUGCUGAAGCCAAGUUGGAUGGUCAGAGAGUACAGAUACAUGCUAGAGUUGAUGGGCCGCAGGGUGAAGAUGAUGGUGGCGGGAGAUGGGUACAGGGGGAUGAUGGGAAGGUAUGGGUAAGGCUAUUUAGCAGACAUCUCGAAGACAUGACCGAGAAAUAUCCAGAUGUCUGUCAAUUGAUUUUAACACUUUUAAUACGUCCACUGCCUUUCCAACCCAAUCCUUUCCCCCCAGACGCUUCAAAACCAUCUUCGAGUAUUACGGACUUGCUCAAGACACAGCAGAUCAAUUCGUUCAUCAUGGAUGCUGAAAUAGUAGCUGUCGAUAAGGAUACCGGAGCAUAUAGGACUUUCCAAGAUCUGUCAAAUAGGGCCAAGAAGGAUGUCAGAGUCGAGGAUAUCAAGGUUGUAGUAGGGGUUUUCGCUUUUGAUCUGAUGUUAUUGAAUGAUCAGCCUUUACUCGAUUCUCCAUUUUCUCAUCGACGUCAUCUCCUUCGUACCCUAUUCCAACCAUUUUCCAACCCCUCCGACCCCACUCUGGCGAGAUUCGCCCAUGUAGCCUCGCUCGAUUCCACAUCGUUGCAAGACGUUCCAGCAGAGAUGCAAGCGUUCUUCGAAUCAGUGGUAGAACAAAAAUGUGAAGGCUUAAUGGUGAAACUACUAGAGUCAGGUGAAGGGCUAACAGGUGAAGAUGAUGAAGAUGAUACCUCCAAUGUGGGUGAUACACCCUCUAAGAAAGGGAAAGGGAAAGGAGGGAAGAGAAAACCUUUACCUGCGACCUAUGAACCUGAUCAACGAAGUCAGGGAUGGUUGAAAGUUAAGAAAGAUUACCUGGAAGGUUUGGGCGAUUCGCUCGACCUAGUCCCUAUCGGAGCGUGGUGGGGACAAGGCCGGAAAGCAGGAUGGUGGAGUCCAAUCUUACUGGCUUGUUAUAAUCCGGAAUCGGGAGCUUUGGAAGCUGUAUGCAAGUGUAUAUCAGGAUUUUCGGAUCAGUUCUAUAAAGAUCUGCUUAAACGUUUCCCUCCUGAAGGAUUACCUGAAAAAUGCAAUAAAACUACCCCACUAGGUUUUUACGAUACAGGUGGAUUGAGACCGGAUUUUUGGUUCUUGCCAUGUGAAGUAUGGGAGAUACGUGGUGCCGAUAUAACCCUAUCACCUGUUUAUCCAGCUGCAUCUUCCCAACUAGGUUCCGAGCGUGGUCUGUCAAUCAGGUUUCCUAGAUUUAUGAAGAUUCGAGAAGAUAAGACGUGGGAGCAAGCUACAACUAGCGAACAGUUUGCGGAGAUGUAUAGGAAACAAAUCAAAGAUGCUCCGACAAAAGAUCAAUCUAGCUCUAACAAGAAUGGGAAUGACAAGGUGGAAGAGGUUAUAAGGAGAGAUUCGGAUGAUGAGGAUAUAAGAGAUUUGGAGGAUGAAGGAGAAGCUGAUGGAGUAGAAGAGGAGGAUUGA